UGUAGAUAGAUAGACCUCCAUACAAAAACUUUAAUUGUUCAAUAAAACUCAAAUUUUAAUUGUUUUUAUUAUUAAUUUUGAGUCUUUUUUUUUGAGAGUUGAAUAUGCAAAUUUUACUGAGAAGUGAUCGAAUUUUUUUUAUUAAAACGGUGUUAUUUUUGUUUUUAUUACUUUCAACACAAUGUUUAGCUGACGAGCCGGAAUUAGCGAAAAAUGUCCAAGCAGAAGGUCAAGCAAAAUCAGAAGCUAAAAAUAAUAUUGAAAAAGUUGAAAAUGACGAAGUUGUAGCGGACGAAACACCUGAAUCAGAUGAAAUUUUAUUACCAAUACAAAACGCUACGGAAGAUGACCCGGACGCUGAAACGACAAAUGAUAUUAGUCCGGAACAAGAAAAUACCGUCAAAGAGUCGGUUGAUGAAGCUAGUGCCACUAAAGAUUCAGCUGAAACGCCUGUAGUUGAAGAUAAUGAGAUUACAGAACAAGUUAGUGAUACAAACGGCUCGGAGGAUGAAACUAAUCCAACAAAUUUAGUUGAAUCCGAACAAAGUUUACCGAAAAAAGAACGCGUCAACUUACUACCCGAAGAACAAGCUGCCGGAGGUGUUUAUGGAAAACAAGUAGCACAUGUACCAGGAAAUCGACCACCUUCACAAUCAUCCCAAUCACCACUUGGUGGCAUUGCAUCGUUAUUUGGUGGAUUUCGACGUGCAGUUGUCGGAGGUGCUAAUGCUAAUUUGGCCGGUGCGGGUGAUGAUCCAGAAGUUGAACGGGCACAAAAAUUGAAAAGCGGUUUUGAGAAGAUGAUACAAUUAGUGAAUGUUUUAGGACAAGUUGAUUCGUUUUUAAGUGAUCGAACACGAUCGGUGGUACGACGUUUAUCGAUGUUAGCUGAGUCUGGUGAGGAUGAUCGAUAUCGACGAGCAUCGCAUUAUCAUCGUCGACAUCAUUAUUAAUUGCUAAAUGAUAAAAAAGGCUUUUGCCCAAAAAUU